GGAUCCAGCGGGAGACCAACCAUCCGGAGGGAAGCAAGCUCAAGUGUGUCCAGCUCGUGUUCCAGGAGAUCGGACAGGCUGACCAACUGCUGACCGGAGCCGUGGAAAGCUGGACAUCGGAGGCCCAGUGUUGUGGCGUGGCUGCGGAGCAGCUCAUCUUUUGUGAGGAGCUCAGGCGGACUAGGCCUGUUCGGCCUUGACCUUUGUACAGAAGAGGCGGCACCGGGGACACGGAGAGCGCAGGACACGAUGAUCUGCAUACUGCUGGUGGCAGGACACGGCACGUUGCUAGAGAGUCACAUCAAGAAUGACCAGAGCGGAUUAUACAGCUUCCUAGAAGAUGUUCCCAAAGCCCUGCUACCUGGAGUGGGGGGGAAGAAAAUUCUGGACUUCUGGUGGAAGGUGGUCAACACGAGACAGCUCUUCAGUGAAGUCUAUCUGGUGACAAAUGCAGAUAAGUACAAGCACUAUGAGCGGUGGGCGACCGCCAACAACUUCCCCGUGGAGAACAUUAUUAACGAUGGCACCACCACAUAUGAGAUGAGGCUUGGCGCUGUGGCGGACCUGGAGCUCGCCAUUUCCAGUAAGAAGAUCAGCGAUGACAUCAUGGUGAUUGCAGGGGACAUGUUAUGUGCCGACCAAAACUUUGACAUCGCUCAAGUGCUGAAGUUCUUCAAGCUGAAGAGCGGAGAGCUGGCAAUCUAUUACGAGCUGGAAGAUGGAGAAUGUAACUCUUCGAGGGGAAUUGUGGAAGUGUGCCCAGACACUCACAGGAUCACACAGUUCCUGGAGAAGCCCAAGCCCGGGGUGACGUCCUCCAGACUGGCCAGCGUUGUCUUUUACUGUUUCCGGAGGCAGACCUUGUCCACGCUGGAGACCUUCCUGAACGACUACCCGAGCACUGAGGACCGGGUGCUGGGCAGAUACAUGGAAUGGCUUAUCAACAUCUCCAAAGUUCCGGUGUUCGGGAUGAAGCUGCCAACGGGAUUCCAGCUGAUUGGACAAGUGGGAUUGCCAGAUUAUACCAAGUGGUUGGCUCAUUACUCCACAAUGAAAAGUGAACCCCGAGUGAAAUCGAUUACUUGCCGUUCGUAUGCCAGAAUCGGGAUAAUUGGAAACCCGUCAGACGGUUACUAUGGAAAAACCAUCUCCAUGUCUAUUUCCAACUUCUGGGCGGAGGUCACCAUCGCAGAAAGCAAGAAGCUGGUUUUGGUUCCUCACCCGCUAAAUGACCCAACGGAGUUUGGAAGUUUGCUGGACCUGUUUUACAUAAGCCGGAAAGAAGGGUACCUGGGAGGUCUGAGGCUGCUGCAGGCUACAUGCAAGAAGUUUUACCAGUACUGUUCGGAGAAGGGAAUUGCUCUUUCCAAACAGAAUUUUACCCUGAAGUACAAUGUGAACAUUCCACGGCAAGUGGGAUUGGCUGGGAGCAGGUUAGCCCAGGACCUGACUAUGUUGCCUGGCAGGGGUGCUUGGAUCACAGGCUUACAAUCGGCUCCCAUCGCCAUCGUGUCGGCGACGCUGAAAGGUCUGAUGAAGUUCUACAAUUUGACGGAUGAUGAUCUUCCUAAGACUGUGCAGCCAAAUUUUAUUCUGGAUGUGGAGAAGGAGGAGCUUUUCAUCACAGCGGGAUUGCAGGACCGAGUCGUUCAGGUUUAUGAAGGUCUAAUCUACAUGGACUUCAGCAGACCAAUCAUGGAGGAGCAGGGCUUUGGAGAUUAUGUCUGUAUGGACAUCGGCUGUGCCCCUCCAUUUUGGUUGGCGUAUCUUCGGGAUCCGAGUGAUUCUGGCGUGAUCCAUAACAACGUGCGACAGCGAUGGCUGAGCGGCGAUCCUGAAGUUACUGAAGCCAUGAAGAUAUUUGCAGAACUGACAGAUAAAGCAAAGGCAGCGAUAGAGCAGAAGAAUUGGACCGAACUGGCCAAGCUGAUGGACCAGAACCUGGAAUUGCGGAGGUCAAUAUUUACUGAUGCCUGUCUUGGCCCCGGGAACCUGCAGAUGAUUGAAAUCGCUAAACAGCACGGAUGCGCGGUGAAGCUCCCGGGCAGCGGCGGCGCCGUUAUUGGCCUAUGCUUUGAUGCCAAAAAACUGGUUGAACUUAAGAAAUCCUACCAAGAGGCGGGCUUUGUAUUCUGCCAGCUAUCCCCUUACUGCCCCGGAGGUGUAUAAGGCGAGCCAUUGGAAAGAGAAAAUUAAAGAAUACAAAAGAGGGACGCCACUUGGAGGAAAAAAUGAUUCAGCCAAUGAGAUGGAGAGAAACCAAUGAUGUAGGUGAGGCACAUCGCGCCCCAUACCUCACCGGUGCCUCAGGUCCAUGUGAAUUUUAUGCUGCACGUGUUUUUCUUCUGCUCAUUAGGAUCAGCAUUUGCUAUAGAAAUGGAAAGUGACUUUUGUUAUGGUGGAUAACAUGCUUUAUAGCUUAGGGAAUUCAGCCUUGUUAGUCUUCAGUUAUUGGGACAGCGAAGAGAUUGGUUGUUGUGGAGCAAUACAGACAAUUCUAUCACAA